AGGGCGCCGGGCGGAGGGAAGCGGCCCGCGGCGGAGGGAGGGGAGGCCGAGCGCUGGAAGCGGAGCUCUCCGCGCUGGGACUGGUUCCUUCGCAGCCAUUUUCUGUCCAACCAAACAGCCGAUUGGAGACGGGAGCCAACCAGGGCUGCAUUGGAGGUUGAAAUUGGGUGAUUAUCAGACCCCGGGUGAAUAUCAGACCCUGGUGUGGAAGGGUGUUCUUGUGCACCACUGACAACACCGUUCUGACAGUAUUUCAUGACCAUGGAUGGAGACAGUUCUACAACAGAUGCUUCUCAACUAGGAAUUUCUGCAGACUAUAUUGGAGGAAGUCACUAUGUUAUACAGCCUCAUGAUGAUACUGAGGACAGCAUGAAUGAUCAUGAAGACACAAAUGGUUCAAAAGAAAGUUUCAGAGAACAAGAUAUAUAUCUUCCAAUUGCAAACGUGGCGCGGAUAAUGAAAAAUGCCAUACCUCAGACGGGAAAGAUUGCAAAAGAUGCCAAAGAAUGUGUCCAGGAAUGUGUGAGUGAGUUCAUCAGUUUUAUAACAUCGGAGGCCAGCGAAAGAUGCCAUCAAGAGAAACGGAAGACAAUCAAUGGUGAAGACAUCCUCUUUGCUAUGUCCACCCUCGGUUUUGACAGUUACGUAGAACCUCUAAAAUUGUACCUUCAGAAAUUCAGAGAGGCAAUGAAAGGGGAGAAAGGCAUUGGUGGAGCAGUCACAGCUGCAGAUGGAUUAAGUGAAGAACUAACAGAGGAGGCAUUUGCUAACCAGUUACCAGCUGGUUUAAUAACUGCAGAUGGUCAACAACAAAAUGUUAUGGUCUACACAACAUCAUAUCAACAGAUUUCUGGUGUUCAACAAAUUCAGUUUUCAUGAUCUGAAGAAAUGAUGAGUGGAGUAGGAAAAGCAAGUCUGUACGAUUCCGAAGCAGAGACAUCAGAAGGACUGGGAAAAGCUCUCUCUCUGUAUAUUAAAUAGCUGUAAUGUAGCUUCCUGAUGCUUGACUAAUUGAGGUGUUAAUUCUGACUUGAGAAUCUUUUUCAUGAAUGAUUUUAAAGAAAAAUUUGGAUUUUAAAGGUAUUAAAGUAUUUUUGUUUUGUACGAGAGUUUGUUGCUCUGUAUGACUCCUGUAUGCAUUGUAUAUUGCAAUUUAUUACUGUCAGAGAUUUGUAGACAGUUUCUUAUUUUCAUAUUGAAUCAUGUUACUUUUGUAAUUCAAGUAAGCAGCUGGGUUAAUUCAUGAUGUUUGCCCUUUUAAUAAAAUACAAGGGUAGAGUUCAUUUUGAAUGCAAGUUGCCUUUAUUAUAAAUUUGAGUUUGUCUUGGUUAUAUCUUGCAUGAUGACCUAGCUAGAUUUUUAACAUUUGCCAUAUUUAUUAAAAUUAAUUUUUUGUAAAACAUUCAUAGCAUAAGCAGCACCAUUUUUAAAAAAUGUAACUGAAAAAUUAAGUGUGAAUGCAGAAGCAAAUACUGUCUGCCCUAUUGAACUUGGUGCCCAUCAACAGUGUUUUCACUGUUCAUCGUGCCUGUUAGGAUAGUUUUAGUCCAUUGGAGCUUUGUUAAGACUCCUUUUAUUUAUGAGUGUUGGAAUUCAUUUAAAUUAAUGUAGUCCUAGUGCUCUUGAAAUGGUGCCCCUUUCAUUUUGUAUAAGAUUUUUCCAAAACGUAUCUCACUAUCCUCUUCCAGAAGAGGGACUACUUUAUAGUCUGAUGAUAAAUGUCCUCAUUUUAUCUUUUUAACUGAAAUGUCAAGUUUCCGGUUAUACUAUGGGAACCAAGAAGCAUCAGACGUCAUUGUCUGUACACUGACCUUUUCUGCAUGGUGAGUGGACAGAAUGAAGAGCUGAGUGCGUGCUGUGAAUGGUGAGAGAGAAGCCGCCAGCUUCUAGUGUGCUGUCUUGAUCUUUGCAAUAAACGAAACCUAGAUAA